AUGCCAACGGGGUCUAGGAGAACUCGGGGACGGCCACCAAAAACGGUGUCUCCGGUGGCUACUACUCCUCCAACACCGGCGGCACCACCGGUGAAGGAAACAGAGGAACCUGCAACUGAGCCUGUAAACAAACCUGAUGUAAUUGUGAUUAAUCAAGAAACUUCAAAGAAUGCAAAUGAUAGCGAAACCCUAAAAACGGAGAAGGAGAAUGAGGAACCUAGAAAACUUUGGGUGGAUGUCAUUAGUGGGAAUCGGAAUCCGGCGAAGGGCAGAACUAUGAUGUAUGUUCCACCAACCAUUGUGAACGGGGAAGUGGAUAUCGUCAUCGAGGAAGCUGGUGUUGAGUCGGAACUACGAUUCUGGGAGAAUGCCUUGAUCUUGUAUAUGCUGGGGGAAGACUUGAGUAUGCACGCACUGAAGAGCUUCAUGUUGAAGGCAUGGAAUUUUAUUCAAUUACCAGAUCUUUUCUAUCAUGAUGAUGGAUACUUUAUCCUCCGAUUCAAGACACAUGAUGAUAUGGAUGUUGUGCUUAUGCGAGGUCCUUACACCAUCUGCAACAUUCCGAUGCUGCUGCGUGAAUGGAGGCCCGAUUUCAACCUCAAGACGGACCUGCUUCGCACCCUACCUAUUUGGGUCAAACUUCCGCAAUUGCAUCUGCACCUAUGGGGAGCCACAAGUUUGAACAAGAUAGGUAGUGCCAUUGGUAUACCACUAGUCACAAAUGAAUGCACCAUGCAUAAAUUGAGAGUGUCAUAUGCGAGAAUUUUGGUAGAAAUUGACAUCACACAGAAGCUGCUUGAUGAAAUUACCAUCACUGAUAAUGAAGGUAGAAAGACAAAGCAGCCAAAGAAAAAGAAGGAUGAAGUUGAAAAACCAGGGCACAAUAGAUCAGAGAUAGCACAGCCAGAGACUAGUGGAGUGAAAGAUCAUACUGAGAAUCUCAAGAAGCCAGAGGAAGAAGAAGGAAUCUGGACACCUGUGAGUAAAGCAGUUCGGGAUAGAGGUAAGGGCACUGUGCAAACUGAUUCUUCUGCUAGUUUACAAUGUAUUAAUGGUUUUGGGGCUUUGGGGGCUUUGAAUGGCGCACAAAAUCCCUAUGAUUGA